AUGGAGGAGAACUGCCAGCUCAGCACCUCCAUUAUCGGUGCCCCCACGUGGCUGAAGGAGGAGAGACAUCCUGUCGCUGAAAGAGGAGCCAAAGAAGGCAUUCUCCUGCCAACAUGCGGGAAGGGUUUCACGCGCAAAGAAAACUUCAAGACUCACGCAAGAGUCCACGCCGCGGAGAGAGCGUUCACCUGCCGACACUGUGGGCAAACGUUCAGCCGAAAAGACAGCCUUGAUGCGCACAUGAGAAUUCACGGCGAAAGGAAGCCAUUCGCGUGUCGUCGCUGUGGAAAAAGUUUCACCUGGAAAAGCCACUUUGACGCGCACGCGAGAAUUCACACCGGAGAGAAACCGUAUGUCUGCCAGUUGUGCGGGAAGUCUUGUACGCGUAAGAACCAGCUCAAUAUCCACAUGAAGAUCCACAGCGGAGAGAAGCCGUUCAGGUGCGCCCGCUGCGGGAAGAGCUUCAGGUAUAAAUCCAAUCUGACAACUCAUGUGGGGGUUCACACCGGAGAGAAACCGUUCACGUGCGCUCAGUGCGGGAAGAGCUUCGCUUACAACAUAAGCCUUAGCAACCACGUGAAGACCCACUCCAGAGAAACACUCCAAUGCCACCUAUGCGAGCGGAGCUUCACGGACGCCGGUCGCCUGAAGAAUCACGUGAUGGCUCACGCCGGCGGAGAGGCCUUCGUGUGCCACCACUGCGGGAAGAGCUUUUCUAGGAAAGAUGUCCUCGGCAUCCACAUGAGGGUUCACACCGGAGAGAAGCCGUUCACCUGCCCGCAGUGGCGGGAAGGCAAGCUCUACGUUGGUCUGCCGACCGCCAUUAAACUCCAGAAGAAGGAGAAAACAGGACGUAGUGGUGCCAGCAAAUCACACAGCUUUGUGUUUUUGGGGUAA